GCGCCGCACUCCGCGCCAGUUGCCGAGGCGGGCGGAGCUCUGGGUGCGGGGCGCGCCGGUGCCGCACAAUAGGAGCCGCUCCCAUCACCCCCGAGGGCAGCAGCAGCCGCUGGAGGAGGCGCCUCCCGUACGGGUGCACUAUAAGAAAAGCCAUGUUCUCCCGACUCCGAGUAGCUGCCACUCCCUGUGUGAUGGCAUGUCGCAGCGCCCAUACAAAAGAAAAAGGAAAGCCACUGAUGUUAAACCCACGAACAAACAAGGGCAUGGCCUUUACAUUACUUGAACGACAGAUGCUUGGGUUGCAAGGACUUCUACCUCCUAAAAUAGAGACACAGGACAUUCAAGCGUUACGUUUCCAUAAGAAUUUGGCAAAAAUGACUGACCCCUUGGAAAAGUAUAUCUACAUAAUGGGAAUCCAGGAGAGAAAUGAAAAGUUAUUCUACAGAGUAUUACAAGAUGACAUUGAGCGUUUAAUGCCAAUUGUAUACACACCAACAGUGGGCCUUGCCUGCUCCCAGUAUGGACACAUCUUCAGGAGACCAAAAGGAUUAUUUAUUUCCAUCUCAGACAGAGGUCAUAUUAGGUCAAUUGUGAACAACUGGCCAGAGAAUGACGUUAAGGCUGUUGUUGUCACUGAUGGAGAAAGAAUACUGGGUCUCGGAGACCUUGGUGUGUAUGGGAUGGGAAUUCCAGUAGGAAAACUGUGUUUGUACACAGCCUGUGCAGGAAUACAUCCAGAUAAAUGCUUGCCUGUGUGCAUCGACGUUGGAACUGAUAAUACAACACUCCUAAAAGAUCCAUUUUAUAUGGGCCUGUACCAAAAAAGAGAUCGCUCGCAGCUCUAUGAUGACCUAAUUGAUGAAUUUAUGGAGGCCAUUACAGACAGGUAUGGUCAGAACACACUCAUCCAGUUUGAAGACUUCGGAAACCACAACGCUUUUCGGUUUUUGAGAAAAUACAGAGAGAAAUACUGUACCUUCAAUGAUGAUAUUCAAGGGACAGCUUCAGUGGCCUUGGCAGGACUGCUCGCAGCACAGAAAGCCACUGGUAAACCACUUGCAGAGCAGAAAGUGCUGUUCCUUGGAGCUGGAGAGGCUGCCCUGGGAAUUGCAAACCUCAUUGUUAUGGCUAUGAUGGAAAGUGGUGUUUCUGCUGAGGAAGCCUACAGGAGAAUAUGGAUGUUUGACAAAUAUGGGUUACUGGUUCAGGGGCGAGAACAAAAUGUAGAUUCCAAUCAAGAACCAUUUGCGCACCAGGUUCCAGAGCAGUUACCAAAGACGUUUGUAGAGGCAGUAAAUGUACUUCGGCCUUCAGCCAUCAUUGGAGUUGCAGGAGCUGGGCGGCUCUUCUCUCAGGAUGUGAUCAAAGCGAUGGCCUCUAUCAAUGAGCGACCCAUCAUAUUUGCACUGAGUAACCCGACAGUGAAAGCUGAGUGCACAGCAGAGGAGGCGUAUACACUAACAGAGGGCCGUUGCUUGUUUGCCAGUGGCAGCCCCUUUGACCUGGUCACUCUGAAAGAUGGAAGAACCUUCAAACCAGGCCAAGGAAACAACGCUUAUAUUUUUCCAGGCGUGGCUCUCGCUGUGAUCCUCAGCAGUGUUCGACAUAUUAGCGAUAAGGUUUUCCUAGAGGCUGCUAAGGCAUUGGCAGAACAAUUGACCGAUGAAGAACUUGCACAAGGAAGACUUUAUCCUCCGUUGUCUAAUAUCAGGGAAGUUUCUAUUUAUAUUGCUGUCAAGGUUAUGGAAUUUUUGUAUGCAAACAACAUGGCUUUCCAUUACCCUGAGCCUGCGGACAAGAACCGUUACAUUCGAUCGAAGGUUUGGACCUACGAAUACGAAUCCUUCAUGCCAGAUGUGUACGACUGGCCUGAAUCUAAGGUUCACUGAUGCAUCAGAAGUUCGCACUCCUCAGGCAGUAUCUUCUACUCUGCAGGGAUCCCUUUUUCAGACCAAUUUAAGUCAUCAUCUUCGAGUCCUGUAAUUUAUUUUCACUCAUUUUCUUGUCUUCUUUCCCCCUUCUGCCUUUUUUUUUUCACUUGAUGUAGAUUUCUCCCCACUCUUCUAAAGUACCUGAUAAAUCAUAUUGAUGAUGGCAUCUGUCACAGGAAUGAGAGAGCUCCCCAAAAUUAAUUUAAAUAAUGAUAUUGCAUUUCUAGUUCAGAACCUGCACACCAUGAAGAGUCCACUAAUGACAUUUUGCCUACGUACGUUUGUUGAUGAACUACAGCUCUCUCAUUACUGUAUGAUUUAUUCCUGCUUUAAAUAAUCAGUCUUCUACUCUUCCUAGUGUUGUCACACUGGAUAAUCUGUGACAUCACCGGAAAGCAUUUGUCAUAAGAAAAAAAGGACAGUUUAAGACAGGUUUAACAGUCUACGGGCUUUCUGUUUUAGUCUGGUGUUUAAAGAUGCCUGUAUCCAGGCUUCCUGGUGACAUUGGCUACUCUGUUUCUUAAUGAGCUUUGAGGAGCAGCGUGGUGAGCGCAAGUGGGACCUGCAGCAGUGUUUGAUUUACGUGUUUCAGAGAUCUGUUGUCAGGAAAAAAGAGGCAAACUAGUUAAAAUUACCUUUGGGAAGACUGAAAAUUAUACUGAUCGCUUUAAUAGGUUUUAGAAGCAAAGCUGCACCGUUGCAUAAUAAAUUAGAGGCAGGAUCUGAAGUAAUCUAUGGCAAUCUAAGAGAUUUUUACAAGGAGAUUUUCUGCAGUGAACUCCAAGGUGUUGCACCAUAGGACUUUUGUUUCAUUUGUUAAUUAUUUCAGUGUUCUGUUUCUUUCAAGCUAAAUUGUUUUCUCCCUUGCAUACCAUUGUUCUCAUAAAAAGAGCUCCAUGCGCGAUGUUUUCAUGACAUCGCUAACACAAAGCUUCCAAGUGGACUCACCUGCCACUUUGAACAAACCCCCGGCGUGCAGCUGAUGAAGCUGAAACAGAAAGCGUUGCAGGCAGCUAUGGGCGCGCACAUUUACAGUAGUUUGAAUGUUUCUUGCAGUCCCAGUUCGGUUUGAAUGCAGGACUUGAAAGAUCUAAUGCUUAGAAGCUCCAGGUCAAUCACUCCAUCUUGCUCACUCCAUUUACAGGUUUAAUUUGCCAUCAUUCUGCUGUGAAAAACAAAAGUGCCGAGUUUGAUUUUUCCUUGCAAUGAAUCGUUCCCCACAUUUGGUGUAGACAGCACAAUGUGCAUUCCUUUUCCUUUUCAUACAAGGGUUUGUGUGCCCUCCAUUACUUUGUGUUAGCAGGCGAGGGCACCCAGCAACAAUUACCGCCCGUCAGUUCUGUAAAUCUGCUCUCUUGUAACAAGAACAAUGGCAUGUCAGCAACAGAAAUAAAUGCUACGUGCCUUUCCAUAGUUUGUUUGCAAACAAGGACAAAACGGAAAGAUCGAUGUGAAAGGGCUAUACUGGCAAACCUGAAGCUGGAAUCCAAAGGGAGGAAGGAAAGCUUGCUCAGGAUUUACCCGUGGCAAGCAGCUCUCAUAUCCUCAUCUGUAUUGGAAAAUGCAGUCUCCACAGAAUGAGCCCAAACAGAAUAGGGAAAAUAGUCUCUGUACCCCUUGGGACAUGAUCUCUGUCACCUAGGAUCCGAUUUUAAAGUUACAUUCAUGUAUUAUAUAAAAGAACUAGUAGAUUUGAGGAAGAUUUUAGUAUGGAAAGAAGACUGAUUAUGUAAACGCAGACUGUGGUGAUGUGGGGAAAAGACUGCGUAUCCAAACUGUGGUAAAGUGCAGUCUGGUGGGGCUUGAAAUGCUCCAUUGACAAGCUGGGCAACAUUUGUGGUUUGCAACUUGUGUAUGUAAGUAUAUGUACAAAAAAAGACCAACACACGCAUGAUGUUUUUACAAAGAAUGCUUUUUUUCAUCUAUUUUUGCUAUGCCUGGUUUUUAUUGUAUUUAAAUUUGUGAUCCUACUGAAAAAAUUAUUUAUUUAGUGUACAAAUUAUUUUUACCUUCUGAAAAUCCAGCUCUAGCUGAAGCUUGUUGCGGUGUUUUGGUGGAGUUCUGCACCAUUGGAUUCAGGUAUAUUGGGAACGCACACUUUCUCACUUCUGCCAACAAACUGAUUAGGCAGAAGAGUAACAAAAAUAACCCAUACACUGAUCUCUUGUCCUAGCUGAGAAGGAAGAGGGAGGCAGGGCAGUCGGUCCAUAAAUACAACCUACUCUUACGAAAUAAAGAUCUGCAUCCAUUUGGUCUAAUUACCUUUCUUCAGGCAAGAAGUGCAGUCAUGGUUCAUAAUCUGUGCGUGUUGAUAGGACUCAGGAAAACCUGGUGCGUGAGAAAAUAGCGUUACCUGCAUGCAGCAGGAGUCUGGCUUUGGGCAAGAGUGGUUUCGCUUCCCAAAGGGAGCGUCUGUGCAGGGAAUUCGCAGCAGCUGUUGCCAAGUCAGGGGAAGGUGCCUGUUUUGUGAGGUGCAGUCCUUUCUCUUCCUGGCACAGGCUCCCCUCUGACUUUAGGCAGAUGUAGGGGGGAUUGUUCAGAACUGGCCAGCAGUGGGAUUUUCCCAACUCUGAAAGGUUGUACACAAUUUGUCUGUAAAUCCCACUGCAAGGGUGAGGGAUAAACCAGUCUUUAACUUCUCGGAGGCUCCAGUUACAACACAGCCCUGCCCUGAUGGGGCUGCCGAUGUGUUGGAGCUCUGGAGCGGAGAAGGCCUGGCUUUCUCUCUAACCUGUCCCAGUUACAGCAGCCCAGUGGUACCAGUUAGGCUUAAUCUAUGCAUAUGGACCUGUGAACAUGGUUGAAUCAGGUUUUAUGGAUCAUCUGUAGCUUGUGAUAUGGACACGGCAGAAUGUUGCCUUUAAUGCACAGCCACUGUUUUCUGUCAGCAACAGGUAACCUGUCAGCUCACAAAGUUUUACGUGCAUUUCACCCCCCCUUUCAUCCUUUUUUUCAGACUUUUUUUUUAUGAAAUACAUAGAUUAAUCUUCAGGUUUGUGUAUUCUUCAGAUCUGAUUAAUCUUUGAGUUAAUUACAACUGCUAAUGUUAGUAAGGAAACACAGUAUCUUUUUUACAUAUUCCACUUAUCCUGAUUUUUACUGUUUUCUGGCAUAUUCGAAAGCAUUUACCGACCUUUAUUUACACAGAAAAUUCUCUUACAUGGUAUGCAAAGGGAAAAAGCUGUCACCAGGAUGCAUUUUGUAGUGCUGCAUAGCGUAAGUUAAGCUUAUCCUGUUCUUUAAGAAGGCUUAUUAUGUAAAGGAUGACUGGCCUUGCUCUUCUCACAGCCGUGGUGGCUUUUGCCCUCUGCAUGUUGUACAAAUCUGUCUUCCAUGUUCUUUUCCUUGAGGAAAUAUCUUGAAUUGCCCUUAGUCCUUGUAGUGAUCAAGGUGGAGGUGUUCCAGGCCAGGUCGGAUGGGGCUUGGAGCCCCUGAUCCAGUGGGAGGUGUCCCUGCUUAUCACAGGGGGGUUGGAACUGGAUGAUCUUUAAGGUCCCUUCCAACCCAAACCAUUCUAUGAUUCUAUGAAACAACUCUGGAUGCAUAGAACACCUCUAUGAGGAUCAUAAACUCCCACUGCAUUCAAUAUUUCGAGGCCUGGUCCAGGGCUUUCUUCCUUAAAACCAACAGGAACAGGACAGAGCCUCUUAGUAGCAAUGGAGAUAUCUAGGGCAGGAGAAGGAAGGUAGCUAAGGGAGCGCAACCUUUUCUUAUUGAAUAUGUGUGGUGGUAUUCAAGAUAUUACAAAGGUUUGUGUGUUCCUGAAGUGUAUGCCUGCAUGCCAACAACUGACAUGUAGAGGAAGACCAUUAAAACGUCGUGGCUGGUAGAUUUUUUUAACCCCAAAUGUGACUCCUCGCAUAAGUUCUUGGUUAUGUUUGUGAACAGUGUUGUUUCAUGACGUUGUGUUUGUUUUCCGAGCCUGAAACAAAGCGACACUUGACGUGCAGAUCGGUGUUUAACAGGUUUCCUGUGGUAGGUGCGUGUCUUUGUACUGUUUUACUCCAGCAUGCUGUUUUGCAGGUGGAGUAAAGCAACCCUUUGUCACACUCCUCUGGUAGAAACUGUAAAGGUAAAUGAUACACCUUUUAGUGUUUCAUUAGCGGCCCUAAUUAGUGGCUAUUGUACAGCUACAACUGUGAAUUUUAGUUCAGCUGAGUCUGGGCCUCAGUAAAUCCAGGUUGUCUUCCUUCAUGUGCUCCGGGUCUUGAUUUCAAGGUGCAGAUUUGAGGCAUCUCUGUCAUUCAGAUAAAGCUGUCUGCAAGACUCUGGAUCAGACUGAGAACAGUACAGUUCAGACUCCUGUCUCAACUAUAAGUGCUACUCCUGAGUUUAAGAAAACCACUAUAAUUUUUGGACAGUUUUUAAGAUGAUGCAUACUGUUAUCCUGUUUUGUAACCACCAUAUGCAAUAGGCAGGGACUGGUCCUACACUGAAUUCUGGAGCGAGGACAAAAUGUAGAGCAAAGUUCUAAUCGCACCCACUUGACAGCGGACUUUGAACAAUUUAAUUCAUUUGCUGCCGGAGAAGAGACAUCUUGUUCUGUGUGGAUCUACCUUGACCUACUUCUGAAAUACACUUUACCAUGGUAUCGGAAAGCCUGCAGGCAUUCUGGGUGAGCCAAGAGGAAAAUUCAGACCUCUGCUUCUUACCAUUGAUCCCCAAGGGUGCAGCUUACUCGUGCCUUCUCCAGAGGAACAUGUGCUAACACCUAGACGGUACAUGGGCAAUCUGGAUCCUGGUGGCACGGUGGACUGUGGCUACAGCUCAUGUGAAAAGUGAUCUUGCAUCAGAUGUUCAUCUCACUGUGCAGGAGACGUAUGGUGUGCAUUUACAUUCCCCGCACACAAUGUGGGCGCUGGAUUGAAUGGAACUCUCCGAGCACCUUUGACUUUGACUUAUCCAUCCUUUAAGUAGUUCCUUUCUAAUGAAAACAGAAACAAAAAGUACUUUUAGGACUACACAAACGCAGUAAGAUGGCCAGUUCAUCAAGAAAUAAAAAUAAUUUACAUUUAUUUCUCUGUUAAACAUAUCUACCUUCAACAAAUAAGCAUAAGCUUACUGAAGUGCUUGUGGGAACAGUUCUAGCCUAAUCUGCCUGCAGUUGACUUUACCUGGGAGGGUCAUUGCUCAGCUGAAACUAAAAUUGUAUUUAAAUGUGAAUCGAUUGGGGAUUAUUUUUUUCUUCUUUAUAAUGUUGUAACUCUUAUUGAAAUGUGUGUUCUGGUCUUCUAUUUUCUUAGUAAAAUGCAUUCCC